AUGGCCAAUGGAUCUCAGCUUUCACAAUUAAAAACAGCCUUGGCCCAGGCAGGUCUUACAGGUCAAAAUCAGUCAGGGAAGAAGCGAAAACGGUCAACACCCCUCGAAAAGGACAAGGAGAAGAAGGCUGCGAAACUUGAGGAGAUCAAACAACGGCUGAAUCCUUUUGAUACCAAGGUCACGAAAUUGAAGCAUGAUGUCGGUGGAAGGAGGCUCAAAGGCAUUACGGGAAAGCCUGCUAAGAGUAAACAGGCGGGAAUUGAACAGCGCAAGAAGACGCUCUUGAAAGAAUACGAAGAGAAGGAUCGAGCUGGUGGCAUUAUUGAUCGACGUUUUGGUGAAAACGACCCCACGAUGAGCAUUGAGGAGAGGAUGCUGGAACGAUUUACGAAGGAGCGGCAACGAGCAUCGAAAGGGGCAGCCUUCAAUCUUGAAGAUGAGGAAGAACUCACCCAUUACGGCCAGAGCCUCUCAAAAAUGGACGACUUUGAUAAUGUUGGACUUGGUUCGGAUAGCGACGAGGAGAAGGGUUUGGGCCAGAUUGACAGAGAGACUGUCACUAAAACCCACUUUGGAGGAUUCAGUGACGAGGAGGAUAGCGACGGAGAACCUGAAAGAAAAAAGUCCAAAGCAGAGGUAAUGGCAGAGGUCAUUGCGAAAAGCAAGGAGCACAAGUUGCGACGUCAAAUGGAAAAGCAGGCAGGGGAAGACGUUCGUCACGAAUUGGACAAUAAUUUUGCGGCUCUGCGCGAUCUAAUCUACGCUCCAGACCCUUCGACUUCAUCUGGAAGCAAUCUCGUUCCACUCGGCACUCGUGCAGAGCCCUCAGCCAAACCGCCCUCGGAUGUCAACGAAACGCUAAAGGUUCUUGCUCCGGAGGCUCAAGAUGAUGAUUACGACCAGCAUGUCCGUGAGCUUGCAUUUGACAAGCGAGCGAAGCCGAAGGAUAGAACGAAGACGGAAGAGGAGUUAGCGUUGGAGGAAAAAGAGUCUUUGGAGAAGGCGGAAAGGGCUCGACGACGUCGUAUGCUGGGCCUUGAGGAGGAGAGCGAUGACGAGGGAAAGGGAAAGGGAAAGGGGAAGCGGAAACGGGGAGCAGAUGACUUGGAAGAUGAUUUUUAUGAUGAAGACGCCGAAUUGGGUGGUUUGGGUGCGGGCCUUGAAGGGGGUGAUACUCUGGAGGCUGAGCAGGAGGAAGAUGAAGGUCAGGAUGACGAAGGGGAAAGCUCCGGAGGGGAGGAAGACGAGGAAGAAGGUUCGGCGGAUGAUUCUGAGGAAGAACAAGGCGAACAUGAAAAUCUUGUUUCCGUGGCGUCUUCAGCAAAGGGAGAAUCGAAAGCACGACAACUUUCAAGUGUGGAGUUGCCGUUUACUUUCCCUUGUCCCUCAACACACGAAGAGUUCCUAAAGAUCGUGGAUGGCGUCGCCGAUGCGGACGUGCCUACGAUCGUGCAGCGUAUACGAACGUUGUAUCACACAAGUUUGGCUCCUGAAAACAAGUUCAAACUACAAACUUUGGGUGCUGUUCUCAUCGAUCACAUACUCUACAUCACAUCUCUAUCAGAACCUUCUUUCACCUUGGUAUCGGCCCUCCUCCCGCAUCUCAUCGCGAUUACCCGCGCCUACCCCAUCCCUGCAGCAGAGUGCUUUAAUGAAAAGCUCACCCUGAUGCACAAAAAUUUGAAGCGUGGUCUUUCCAGAGGGGCCUUGAUGCCGGAUUCCAAAACUUGGCCUAAACUGCCGGAACUUUCAUUGCUGCGGAUUAUUGGACUCGUAUGGCCAACGAGCGAUCUUAAUCACGCGGUUAUCUCGCCGACUCGUGUGCUCAUCGGUGCAUAUCUUGGUCUCGGUCGGGUCAGGUCACUUUCAGACAUUGCUAGUGGCCUAUUCUUGUGCUCUUUGUUCCUCCAAUUCGAGGCCCUAUCAAAACGGCUUGUACCAGAAGCCGGCAAUUUUUUGGUUAACACCGUCUUGCAUUUGGCACCUCAUCAUUACAAAGAUAUUCCAUCCCUUCCUGGUUCUUUCCCUUCUCCCGAUUUUCGUUCAGAAUCAUGUCGGCGUUUGAUGCUUAAGUUGAAUGGCAAGAAGGCACCUGUUAUUCAAAAGCCCAAUUUAACAAGUUUACUUUCGAUAUCGCAGGCGAGCGAGCAAGCAAAGACCGAUCUUCUUGGACUCGCUUUCGAGUUGUUGGGGCGGUUCGCGGAGCUGUACAAGGGGAUUGAUGCCUUUAUUGAACUCUACGAGCCUAUACUGGUGAUUCUGCAGAAUGUUGAUGCUGACAACCUCAUUGAGGGCCUCAGGGUUCAACUGGCCAAGCUGACGGACUCCCUACAACGCCUACUCAAGUUCUCUCGUCAAGCACGACAACCUCUACGCCUUCAAGCCCACAAACCCAUUCCGAUUCCCACGUACAUUCCCAAGUUUGAAACAACUUCAUCGAAUUACCUUCGUCGCCAAGAUCCUGACCAUGAGAAGAACGAGGCAGCGAAAUUGCGUAAUCAAUACAAGCAGGAGAGGAAGGGUGCUAUUAGGGAGCUCCGGAAGGACGCGAGGUUCUUGGCGGGCGUGGAACAGAAGAAGCAGAUUGAGAAGGACCGAGCUUAUAAUGAGCGCAUGAAGCGGGUGUUUGGGUCUAUUGAGGGAGAGCGUGCAGAGGAGAAAGCUAUGGAGAGAGAGAAAUCGAAAGAAAAACGGAGGGCGGGGAGGAAGUAG